UCUUAAAGUUGCCAAGCUUGAGAAACACUGGUUGAAGGCAAGGACGAGCAGUCUGGUUUCUUCCAGAUGUUUUUGGACUUCCACUCAACACAAUACAACCAAUGGCAGGAAAUGACGGUUUUAGUCAAAAUCAUUGGGUGGCCAUCCAGGAAGCAACAUCUGGUCUAGGGACAAAGGUGCCCUCGUUUUCAGGCCCCCUCCCAGACUUUUGGAGCCCAAAGGCACUGAACUGUGGGGAGGGAGUUUCAGGGACUGAAAAUCUGGGAAUGAUUGACCCUUGUACAAAACAGAAAUGUGUCUAACCUGUGGGGGCUGUUUCCUACAAGUGCCAAUCCAGGCAUUCCCCAAGACUCAAAAUCAUCCCAGAAUCCAUGCAUGUUGAAAAAAGCAGCUCGCUGGUUCUGCUCAAAUCAAAACAUGUUAAGCACUAUUGCAAUCAGUGUUAACCUGUCCAAGGAGGUCCUCCUAGGAGAAGCUGCGGUAGUGCCCCGUGUUUGUGAACUGAGGUGGGCCGAGGCUAAGAAGCUUUGUUUUCUAUCUCUGGAUCAGCCUCACUCUGAAGCCAGAAUGGCCCCUCAGCAAUGGGCUUCCAGAAACUUAUGGAAGACUGGACUUUCAUGGAAACCUUCUGAGAUGUGUCAGCCCCACUAGGUAGACCAGACCAGAAAAUCAAUCCCACGGGGAGACUUGAACUCUCUUUUAUGGAGAUUGGCUAUAAUAACAGGACCUUGCAAGGUUGAUGGUGCUCUCCCUCCCCUUCCUGUUAUAUCCCAGUGAGUCAGGGAGGCUUUGCCUGAGCCACCUCCAAGUAUUACCUUGCUUCCCAGGGCUUGAAGAAUGUUUCAACCCUCUUUGUCCAGGUAACAGUUCCUGUGUAUUUCUGUCAAGGUCAUCUCCCUGAUUCUCCACAUCAGUGUUUCUCAACCUUGGUAACUUUAAGAUGUGUGGACUUCAACUCCCAGAAUUCCCGUACUACUCCCAUACCCCUCACCACUGAUGGGGGCUGAUGGAAGUAGGUCAAAUGUCUGGAGCCCUGCUCUAGGUGUAGCGGGUGAUGCUGUCCAGGCAUCAGUUCUUAACAACAAUCCCACCAUCCACCUUGCUCUGAACUACCAUGGCAGAGUAUGAGGCCUGCUUGGAGAAAGGGGUAUGCUUAAGUAAGGCCCAUGAUGCACCAUUGUGCUGAAACGGCAGGGGUUCAAGAUCAAUCUAGUGUUUGGAGAGGAACCCCCUUCAGAACAUCUGUAUCCUAGCUAGACUUUCCCAAUAGGAUAGACUCCCCCCUAUUGUGGGGGAGAUGGGCGGGGGAGAAAUCCAAUAAAUAAAUAAAUGAUGGUGGAAAAGAAGUCACAAAAGCAUGGGAAAAUAAUGGCCCCCUUGUAGCGAAUCAGGGAAACAUUUGUCAUUUUUAAAAUGUAACUGUUUAAGUUCCUUAAAUGUAGAUGAUACUCUAUCUUGACAGCCCAAUAAACAUCUAAUAAAUUAAUCAUGCGUUGAGAGGCACAAAUAAAUGGAACUCGGCCUUUGUUUCCCCAAAUGAGGCUACUCCAUUUCUAUAACAGAACAACCAGUAAACACUAGACUAUGCCUUUAUAGUCUACCUCAUUAGGAAGGUGGGUUUAACCAUUAGGUCAUUUCUGAUUUGCUGGCUAGAUCUUAGACAUCAGAGAAAGAGCUCUGGCCUUGAUUGGAUAAAAUAAAAGUCACUCUGCCUAAAGAGGUUGGUCCUGAUCAACCUUCCACAGUCUGUAAAACUGAGAAGCACUUCAAGGAAGAACAAGGAAAGACGUCCCUGCCUAUCAACAUCUGAGCAGAAGGCCCUGAUGACAUCUCUCCAACUAUAUUCUUGUCAAUGAACUUCCAACAUGUGUUGAAAUCCAACAUCUUAUUUAAGGAGGUGUUGCUGUUCACUGGAAGGAGAGGGGUGGAGCCAGGAGAAGUCCUCUUAAUCCCAACAUCCUGGCCAGAACGAUGCCAUAGAGCUCAAGGUCUCUCCAAGCAAAUAGUCCAGAAGUGGGAGUUGUCAAUAGAGGUGUGAGCAGGUGGUGGGACCAUGGCACAGCACCGAGGUUACCUCCGGGUGCUGGUUACCUUCUACCUCACCUUCCUCCACCUCACGUUCACCGCCUCUUACAAGCCCGUCAUCAUUGUCCAUGGCCUCUUUGACAGCCCUUCUGACUUCCAGCUCCUGCUUAGUUUCAUCAAUGAGACUCACCCGGGAACCAACGUUUCAGUUGUGGAUUUGUUCGACCGAACGGAAAGCCUGAAAUCUCUGUGGAUGCAAGUGGAGGGGUUCAAACGAGCGAUUUACCCCAUUAUGCAGAACGCUGUUGACGGGGUCCACCUUUUCUGCUAUUCGCAAGGAGGACUUAUUUGUCGAGCGCUGCUCUCUAUCAUGCCUGACCACAAUGUGGACACGUUCAUCUCUCUCUCCGCCCCACAAAUGGGACAAUACGGGGACACCAAGUAUUUGAAAUGGCUUUUUCCACAGUACAUGAAGUCCAACCUAUACCGCGUCUGCUACACCCAGUUGGGUCAGGAUGUCUCCAUCUGUAACUACUGGAAUGACCCACACCAUCGAGAUCUUUAUCUCAACAACAGCAACUUCCUGGCCGUGCUGAACGAUGAGAGACUUCAUCCCAACGCAACCGCAUGGAAGAGAAACCUUUUGCGCAUUCGCAAGCUCAUUCUGAUCGGCGGCCCAGACGACGGGGUCAUCAUGCCCUGGGAAUCCAGUAUGUUUGCCUUCUACGAUGAUAAUGAGAUGGUGAUGGACAUGACGUCUCAGCCGGUUUACCUCCUAGACACUUUUGGCUUGAAGACUCUGGACGUUCGUGGCGACAUUGUUUUCUGCACAAUGCCCAACGUUUCUCACACGAACUGGCAUUCCAACCGCGCCGUCUUCGACACCUGCAUUGCCAAAUGGCUGACGUAGCUGGUCAGGCCUGGGAAAAACCGAGCGGAGGAGGAACAGAGAGAGUCCUAAAUCUGAGCUGUGUUCUCUGACCUCAACGUGGCAUUUCUCCUCCCACAACGAAAAAAUUCAUCUGCCUGUCACUUUUCUAGAAGUUUUUUUCUUUCACAGCGGAAGAAACGUUUUCCCUGCAAGACUCUUUGGUGGAAGCUAGUCGCAAGAACGGGUGCUCCAAGAUGCUGCAAGGGAGGCCACAAUGAACUGGGCCCAUAGUCUUUUGUUGUGGCUAAGCUACGAGACGGGGAGGAAAAAUGUAGCAAGGAAGACCGCAAAUGGAUUACAGUUAAAUGUAAUCAAAUAUACCCAGAUGUCAUAUUUUCUAGUACCAAGCCUAUGGCAGAAACAUAGUAACUGUGGAAACUGGAGGUAUUGUCCUUUCAGAUUCCAACUCUGGUGUUUUGUGCCAUUCUAUCCUCAGCUUGGAGAUGUUUUCAUGGCGCCUAUUAUAUUUUUCAUAAUAUAAUAAUGCAACAGCUACCCCGGACGGUGUUUCAGAGAGACUAGCCCAAAGUUUGUGAAAGCAGAUUCAGAAAAAACAAAAAACCCUUACCAUUUAUUCCCUCAAUUAAUUUGAGUUUUCCGCUCCAAUUAUUGCUUUGACGUUUCGCCAGAGGGGGAGGAAAAGUAAAUGUGUAGACUUCGAUCAAAACUCCAGUUCCACACCACUCAAGAAAAUGCAAAUGGGAUGCCACAAAACCAAUGGAAAGCAUAUUUUUCUGUUUCCUGACCUAAGCAAGCCGGACAUAGCUUCAGCACCCCUGCCUCCAGUUAUAGAUCAAAAUCAAUGUUAUAAAUUAUUGAUUGACUUUGGAGGGCAAGAUGCACCAGUGUAUAUUUCCUCCCUCCUUAGAAGCACAAUCUCAGGAUGGCAACAGGAAGCCAAUUUAGACAAAGAUGUUCAUAACUUUAUCUUGCUGCUUCUAUUUUUUUAAAAAAACGUGUAUUGAAGAGUCUCACGAGCAGUUUUUAAGAGAUCAGAACUUUUGAACAGGUGACCUUCCUCUCUCCUUGUGUCUAGAGGCAAGACUCAAAGCUUUGCAUGCUAACAGUAUUAAACUCCUAUAUUUUUACCAAGUUACAAUAAGACGUUUACAUGGACUCAAGUUUAACUUUUAACAUCAGAGCAGAUAUGAAAGAGGAAAGGAGUUCAGUUUAAGCUGAGAUUCUGAGGGGAUGUGUAUCACUAGACAUGAGAUGCGUGAAGUAUCUUUUGCCCUCCAGAUGUUUCUGAACUACAACUCCCAGACUUCUUGGUUAGGCUGGUUGGGCUGCUAGUGGUUUCACAGCAUCUGGAAGGUUACAGUUGUGGACUUUAUGUAGAUAGCACUUACAACUGGAGCUGGAAGCCAUCUUGUAGCUGAAGAUUGCUGCUUUGUGAGAGGAUAGUCCAAAAGGUGACGCACACAUACCUGCAGUCUAAAGCAGUGUUUCUCAACCUGGUCAACAUGCUGGCUGGGGAAUUCUGGGAGUUGAAGUCCACGCAUCUUAAAGUUGACCAGGUUGAGAAACACUGGUCUAAAGUUAUACUAUCCUGUUAUUGAAAAGGCUGGCUUUUUAAUUUCUUCUCUGAAACCCCUUUUUAUAUAUUUCCAACUGCCUUCUAUCCCCCAUAAAGACUAGAGACUUGUCCUCUCUUUGAAUACAACAGAGGAGCUUACCGUUACCCAUUUUGGCACAGAAUCUGCAUACUUCUCUUUUCAAGGCAUGUGGAAUGAAUAGCCCGUCUGUAGAUGCAACAGGCAGUAUCAGGAGGCAUCUAUUUUUAUGCUGACGGGCUUUUCCUGCGGAGAAGUUGAAAGCAGCUGGAGUUUAGAACGGUUCCUUUCUAUUACAGGACGCAGGAUUCCUUCCUUCCUUCCUUCCUUCCUUCCUUCCUUCCUUCCUUCCUUCC